GUUAUUAAUUUCUGGAUGAAUGAUUGGAGGGGUAAAUGUUGUUUAACCGUGCGACUCGUGGGAAUCACCAAGGGGGGUGAACAACCCCUGUUACUUUCGACCUCACCAAAUUUAAAGUGUGCAGUACAUGUACCAGCAUCUUACCGGUAUUUUGAGCAUACAUAUCACCUUGCGCAUCUGCACCAGCUUUCUUGUUGGACUCUGUUCUGUUUCUGAUACUACGUGAGUAUUCGAAAAGGUUACGAAACCUGUCGGAUAUUGAGAGAUUGACAUUCGAGUGCCCACGGAGAACUCUAUCAAUAUGGGGUUGCUACAGAGAGUUGUUAAGAAUGAUGCUAUGAAAUCGUGAGUAUUUGUAUCCUGAGAAAUAACACCUGGGAUGAUACUAACUGCUUUGUGCCAGUGAUCCACCUCAAAUCUACGGUACACACCAAUGCCAAUUUGCAAAUGAGAGUGGAGGCUUACGAAUAAACAGGAUGGAAGGUCUUUUUCUUAUCAGCAAGUGCUUGUUUUGGUGGCAUGCUAUUUGGGUGGGGUAUGUUGGGUCACACAGAUUCACUGAAAGUUGGGAAUAGCAUUCUAAAAUUCCGCAGAUAUUGGUUCUAUUGGAGGUAUCCUGGUUAUGAAAUCAUUUGCAAAGUAAGAUUACGUUCUCAGAUUUUCGGACUUGCAUUAUACUAAUGAUGUGGCAGAGCUUUUAAGAUUGAUGGCUUGGAUUCGCAUCAGACAGCCACCUUGACGAGUAAUAGUGCGUCUUCCUUCAGAAUACAUAUCUUGGAGUCAAAGCUAAUACUUGCUAGUUGUCAGUGUACUUCAGGCUGGUUGUUUCUUUGGAAGUUUAUUCGCAUAUUGGUUUGCUGAUAAAUUUGGACGAAAGGUACUCUUUCUGGGUCUUGUAAAUUUGUCGAGCUAAUUUACUAUUGUAGCCGUCAUUGCUCAUCUCUUCUGGCACUACAAUUGUUGGCAUAAUCAUCCAAACUGCUUCUAGCGGACAUAUCUCGGCACUUUACGUGGGACGUGUAGUUGCUGGAGUAGGUGUUGGAGCUGCCAGUAUGCUUACGCCUCUCUAUGUUAGCGAGAAUGCGCCACGAGCGAUUAGGGGUGGAUUGACUGGUAUUUACCAAUUGUUUAUUGUGACUGGAGUUAUGCUCAGUUUCUGGGUCAACUAUGUACGGAUAUAUUUCUCAGGUCCAUGGAUUCUUUCUUCAGAUGAUGCUAAUCCCGUUUCAGGGUACUUCUACUACGCUCAAAGGAAACGCACAAUGGCAAGUCCCUCUGGCGCUACAAGGCCUGCCAGCUGUGGCUCUCUUUCUUGGGAUCGCACUCUGCAACGAAUCGCCUAGAUGGCUGGCACGAGACGAUAAUUGGGAGAAGGCCACUACCGUCCUAGCUAGACUCCGAAAGUAAGUUUCAACAACCUGAGUCCUUUGAAUCAAGCUGACUUUUCUCCAUUAGCUUACCUACCGAUCACUCCUAUAUCCAAAUGGAACUAGACGAGAUGCGAGAACAACUCGAGAAUGAGAGACUUUUGAUCGGCGGUGCUGGAUUCUGGGAUCUACAAAAGGAAAUGUGGCUAAUCAAGGGAAAUCGUAAUCGCGCUCUUGUCUCAAUCGGUCUGAUGAUUUGUCAACAGAUGACUGGAACGUGAGUGUUCCUCCACAAUACCCCCUUUCAACCCUCGGCUAAUUAUAUCCAGCAACGCCAUCAACUACUACGCCCCACAGAUAUUCGCCAAUCUUGGUAUUCGAGUAAGCUUUCUAUCAACAGAUAUUUUCACAAUGAAUACCACUAACAUCGUCUAGAAAGAACAACAAGGUCUAUUCGCAACUGGAAUCUACGGCGUCGUAAAAAUGGUAACCUGCGCAAUCUUCCUCCUCGUGGCAGCCGACUCUCUCGGCCGUCGUCGCUCCCUCCUUUGGACUUCUAUCGCACAAGGUCUCGCCAUGUUCGUGAUAGGGUUCUAUGUUCGCUUCUCACCACCCUUAAAAGACCAACCGAUUCCACCAGUCGGUUACUUUGCAUUAACAUGUAUCUUCCUCUUCGCAGCGUUCUUCCAAUUCGGCUGGGGACCAUGUUGCUGGAUCAUCGUGUCGGAAAUCCCCUCCGCAAGAUUACGCGCUAUGAAUGUCGCGAUUGCAGCUGCGACGCAGUGGUUAUUCAAUUUCGUGGUUGCGCAAGCCGUGCCACAUAUGUUGGACACAGUUGGUGCGCACGGGUACGGGACAUAUUUCAUCUUCGGGAGCUUCUGUUUGUCCAUGUUCUUCUUUGUAUGGUUUUUGAUCCCCGAGACGAAGGGUUUGAGUUUAGAGAAGUGAGUACCGCCUUUAUCAUCCCAAGUCUGAGAUCGUGGGUCGUUGCUAAUAUGGAAUAGGAUGGAUGACCUGUUUGGUGUUACGGAACUUGCAGAGAAGAUAAUCGCUGGUGAUGAGGAGGCACAUCAUGAGAUUCAUGAGAGUACCGCUACAGUUCCACGUCAUGAUGAUAUGGCGAAGCCUACCACUAUCCAUGUUGAAGAUGAUAUUGUGACGAAGGCAAAGUAAUGAGUUGACAGAGGAAGCGGAUGUAGCGUCUGGUGUACUUCAGUGGUUAAUAUUGCUCUGAGGGCGAAAGACUUGUAGACGGUUUAAGUAAUUCGCUGGAAUUUCACUUCUCCGCAUGCUUGCUCGUGGGAAACUCUGCUUAGUCUAAUCAAGUUAUUUCCUUCUGAACAAUCUGUUUCAAUCCAUCUGGAACUGUUGUUGUACCAAAUGCAUCUCCUGGUAAUCGAUAUCUAGAUAGCGAUGUUCACGAUUUCUGGAGAAAUAUUACUGUCCACAAGGAAC